AUGGCACUUACUUUAUCUGUCGAAUGGCAAGAAAGCCUGUCUGGCCUAAGCGUUUUUGUGAUUUAUGCUCUCCUCAAACGGCUGUCGUGCUCCUCCUCUUUCUCCUCAUCCUCCUGCUUCCUUGCUUUAUUCCAACUCCCUCCCCUCUCUACCUUCCUCUUCGUCUCUCGUCCCCAUUUCCCUGCCCAGCCCAAUCCCUCGUCUCCGCCAUCCCAACCAGAAACGGUCUUCGCAACCCCUUUAACUCUGUCUCGACUUGCCCAACGAAGUGUCACUCUGGCAGAUGGACGCCCUUUUAUUUGA